CGUCGUACACCAGACUUUUCCCGCUUCAAUACAUACUCGCAUCAUCGGCCACGAGCACCUAACACUCCUGCGCCAGCUUUUCAUGUCAAGGUGGAAAAUCUUGCGUCAAGCUCUGAAUCUUCACCGUACGAAUGUGAAAUGGAUUCGCAAAAGAACAGCGCGCGAUCCUCUGUGAGCUCUGCACCGCAACCGGAGAAGCGGUAUACCUUUAGAGAUGGAAUCCUUGUAGAAGUUUCCGAUCUGGACCUGCCACCAAGAAAGGGCGCACCACCGGUUAUUAGAAAGAGGCGAAUUUCUGAAUCACCUGAAGUUGUCGUCCCUUCCUCACGAUCACGGGAUAGUUGGUCUGCGGAGAGAGAUACCGAGCCUACGACUUCACAAGAGGCACAUCAUGUCCAUUUUGCUGACCCCGAUCCCGAAUCCGCCACUCCUAGUCCCACACCUUCCGCUUGCUAUGAAGUGGAGAUCAGCCCUGGCGAUUCAUCACAAGCUGUGCCCCAAGAAGUCGUGUCCUCUGUAUCUCACGACACACCAAGACCUAAAAGGAUCUCAGCUCCGCGUUUGCGAGAUGAUGUGGAUCAUGGCGGCGUAGAUUGGGAUGUACCGGAGAUGUCCCUCCGACCAAGAGUUGUACCUCGUCGUGAUCACCCGUACGAAAGAGCGACUCCUGUCUAUAGACCUGUCAGCCCAACUACGAAAUGUCUUGCGUUGAACUCGAUGGCGCAACGAUUGGAAAAGUCCGCCGAAAGAAGCUACUCGGCUCGUGCAGCUGGGAAGAGUGAGAAUGGUACUAGAGCUGGCUACAAGCUGGUGCCUACUUCCAGAGAAGCCACUCAUGUGCACCCCUUUGACGCAGAAAUGAUGGCUGAAGGUAAAGAUGUCACUCUUAUGAAUGAUGUCGAAGAAGGCUCCAGUGAACCAGACCCCGAUUGUUACUUCCACCAGUGUUCCUCGUCGCAUCUAUGUGGUGGUACGAUGAACUUUCUUUAUGGUUUUGUGUUGACCAACAAGGAAAUUUUCAGAAAGCUACAGUCCCUGAACCUUCCCAAAGCACGUCAGAAAGCAGCACCAAGUGAAUCACUGCAGCAUGAACUGAAUGGCGAGGAAGUUUACCAGUAG